GAAAAUAUUAUUGUUUCCAUUCCAUAGUAGUGUAAAAACGUAGACUAGUAUCAAAUAAAUGUCUUCGUUAAUGAUUUUCUUAGUAAGGUUUUGUUUAAAGUAUUUUUCUUCAAGUUUGAUAGUUUUCAAGAUCAUACAUAUGUUGUUUGGGGUUAGGACAUCAACCAUGUAUCUUAUGGAGACCUCUUGUGUCAAUUAAAUUUCAGUUGCAAGUUGCUCUUGACCCGUGCAAUUUCUAUUCGGUGGAUUUCUACAAAUAUAUAGCACCGGAAAACACGUUAUACAAUCUCCUACGCAGAAAUGAUGUUCCACUUCCACAUUAGGGACCACAAAAUAAAACAUAUUCCAAAAUAUAAUAAUAAAACUAAGUAAGAAGAUUCCCCCUGAUGAGGAAUAGCCAAGACGAAGUAGAACAUAAAGCAGAGGAAAAAAGUAGAACAUAAAGCAAAAGAAAAUGGUAACGAAAAUGAAAGGUUCGUCCACUGAAGACGAAGUGAAGACAAUAUACAAAGACUUAUCAACGUACUAGGCUUUAGAAGAUUAGGAAGUAGGAAACCAAAUCCUAUAGCCAUUUAAAACAUGGCUUUAGAAAAAACUAUUAAAAUUAAAUAUUAAUUGUGUAGUAGUUAACCCUUUUUUGAACAUGUAAUUGACCAUUUCUGCUGCUGAUUAUGUUUCUCUCUUUUAUUUUUCGCCUUCCUUACAAUCUUGAGUUCUUACAAAUUAAAUAAAGCAUUCAACCUACGGAAAGAAAGAGCAUCCACCAAACAUAAAUUUGCUUGUUGGUUAAAACAACAUAUAGAAAGUUGAUGUGUUACUAGUCAUGCGUCAAGUAGACAUGUCUUGUGGUUUUUAUGCAUUGACUUGGACUUAGAAAAAUCUUAUGUUUAUAGAAAGCAACACUCUUACUUGGCUUCAGAUUAUUUAAGACCACCUAUGGGAAAGGAAAAAAAAACAUAAUAUAACAAGAACAUUUAAGGAAAAAUGUCUGGUUAUGGUUUCCUCUUCCUUUUCACUUUCCUUACAAACCUGAGACCUUCUGUACAGCAACACAGACCGACUUACGUCGGUUAUGUUUGUCAGCCAGAGAAAACUUACCUCAAAAACAGCACAUACUCCUCAAACCUCGAAACCCUUUUGUCCUCUCUUUCUUCUAGUUACAAUCAAUCUUUCUCCUAUGGAUUCCAAAGACUUAAAGAGGGACAAAACCCUGACAUGGUAUUCGGACUUUUCCUCUGUCGCCCAGAUGUAUCGUUCGAAAUCUGCCGUGACUGCAUCAGCCUCUCCGUCAAGGACACUCUAAAUCAUUGUCCAAAUGAAAAGGAGGCUUUGAUUUAUUACGACGAAUGCAUGCUUUUAUACACUGACCGGAAUAUCCUCUUGGAUCCUGUAACAAAAAUUGGAGAGCUGAUGGUAGUAAACCAACAGAAUGUUACGGCAAACCAACCUGUUCGAUUCAGUAAGGUGGUCCAUUCUUUGAUAAACGAAGCUGCAGAGGAGGCUACUGCUAGUCCAAGAAAGUUUGCGUUUAAGAAGGAGAACUACGCAUCAGCUCAAACGGUUUAUGUAUUAAUUCAGUGCAUGCCUGAUCUGACAGCAGUGAUGUGCUCAAACUGUCUGCAACAAACCAUCGAGAACGUGCCUCUUGACAAAAUCGGAGCAAGACUUCUUUCUCCGAAUUGUACCUUAAGGUACGAUAUUUACCCUUUCUACAAUGAAACCUAUCAAGAAGUUGCCUCUAACGAUAUGCAUGGAAAAGAAGAGAACUCCAUGCAAGUUAUAAUUAUAGCAAUUGUUGUGCCGCUAGGUGUCUAUGUUCUUCUUUUUAUAGUCAUUUGUAGCUUCUAUGUAACAACGAGACUGAAGAAUACUUAUGAGACAGCAACUGCAGAUGAUGGUGGGGAUGAUAUUACAACCGCUGGCUCAUUUCAGUUUGAUUUUAAAGCUGUUGAAGCAGCAACCGAUAACUUUUCUGAAAGAAACAAACUCGGUCAAGGUGGAUUUGGAGAAGUGUACAAGGGAACAUUUCCUAAUAGAUUACAAGUUGCGGUGAAGAGACUAUCGAAAACAUCAGUACAAGGCGAAAAAGAGUUCAAGAAUGAGGUAAUUGUUGUGGCGAAGCUUCAGCACCGAAAUCUUGUCAAGCUUCUCGGAUUUUGUUUUGAAAGAGAAGAGAAAAUACUCAUCUAUGAGUAUGUGCCUAACAAAAGUCUUGAUUACUUCCUCUUUGACUCUACAAUGAAAAUGCAGCUGGAUUGGACAAGAAGGCACAAUAUCAUUAGAGGAAUUGCUAGAGGGGUUCUAUAUCUUCAUCAAGAUUCACGACUCACAAUCAUCCAUCGUGAUCUCAAAGCUAGUAACAUCCUCUUGGAUGAUUCCCUGAACCCGAAAAUUGCAGAUUUUGGAAUGGCGAGGAUUUUUGGAAUAGACCAAACAGAAGCCAGUACGAGAAGAGUAGUGGGAACCUAUGGCUAUAUGUCUCCGGAGUAUGCAAUGUACGGCCAAUUCUCCAUGAAGUCAGAUGUUUAUAGCUUCGGUAUUUUAGUCCUUGAGAUUAUAAGCGGCAAAAAGAAUAGCAGUCUCUAUAAUAUGGAUGAUCAUGCUGGAAAUUUGGUUACAUAUACUUGGAGACUAUGGAGAAAUGGGUCACCAUUAGAGGUUGUGGAUCCAUCCUUUCAAGAGAACUGUCAAGAAAACGAAACUAGAAGAUGCAUCCAUAUAGCUUUACUGUGUGUUCAAGAAGAAGUUGAAGAUCGUCCAACUAUGUCAGAAAUAGUCCAGAUGCUUACUACUAGCUCAAUUGCUCUUCCCAUUCCUCAACCCCCUGGAUUUUUCUUACGCAUGAAACAUGAGGAAGUAAGGGAAGCAGGUCCAGCAGUGGAUUCUUCUGCUCUAUGUUCUGUCGAUGAUGCUUCCAUUACUCGUUUAACUCCUCGCUGAGGAUAAAACGUUUCACAAAGACAAGUAAGCAUCGAAAAAGAAGAAAGGUUUUUCCUCAGUUGAAAUGGUUCUAUUAUUUUUCAUUUUCUGUAAGUAUCCAGCAAGCAAGUACACGAUAGUCUUGUUUAUAAUCUUAUUUCUUAAAGGAGAAAGAGACAAAAUGUUGAGGAGAAUCAAUGGCGCUAUUGUUGGUUCUUCGACAGUGAGUUAGUUUUGUUGGACUAGAGAUGUGUAGUUAAUUAUGGUGUUGAGUAGCUAUAGAUCUUGUAUUAUACAGAAAGAAGAAAAUGAUGUAAGUAGCCAAAAGUUUCAGUUC